AAGAGCUUACAGGAAACCGUCAAAAGCCGUGAGCAGGUUACCAAUUGACUAAGUAUACCUCUGGAAGGCCUAUUACCAUAUAAAUCACAAACUAGACCAAGAGGUUCCCACAACAAUUUUUCUUUGAUCAAUCAUGUAUUCCACAAUAUCUAUGGCGGCCUACAGGCAGGCCUAUGCAGCGGCAGGAAAUGGCAUGGCUCAACAGCAGAGCCCACUUCUAUUCCCACCGCCUGCGGAUCCUUACUCUGCAUAUCUCUUACUUGAGGACGACGAAGAUGAUGAAAAUGGUGACUCUGCUUCUACCUCAUGCUGUUGGGGAUGCUGCCCAAAUUACCUGCGAGAAUUGCCAUUUCCCCAAGAUAGAUGCUUAACAGUCGAGUACACUACACAUAACGGGGAAAACAGUCAAACAAAACACGAUAGAGUGUAUUUUAUUCCUGUUUUGGGGCAACCCAUCUCCUCCCAUUGCUACUAUUGCGUGCGAGCUGAAGGCAAGCGCAAGGGACUAGUGGAAACAUGCUCUACUGAAGAAGACAUGUCGACACUUUGCUUUUGUAGAUGUGUGAACGACAUUCGUCCUAGACCUUUGCAACCCACCAACUCAUAUCAACAUAUUCAGAUAAUCUCCAAGAGGAAGUCUAGAUUCACAGCAAAGAGUAUAGUUUCUGAUGGUUUCCCCCCUCAAUUUUUGCGUCGUAAGGGUUGGAAAGUGUGUGCCAAACACAUGCGUGGCAAACUUGGCAGACUUGCACAUGUUGGAGGGGAAAAUACUGACCUUAGAAGACUACCUCCCCCAUUUGAUUUCUCUUUGUUACAGAGGAUUUCCCCUGUUGUUAUUGUUGGGGAGUGGUACUGCCCCUUUAUCUUUAUCAAUGAAUUAGGUACCAGAUUGGAGGAUCCUAAAAUUCAGCUCUUGGAGUGUCCCUUCUACAAGAUGGAUCUAGAAAAGUUCUGGGAAGAGAUAUACUCUACUCAAGGUACGACAGAAAAAUAUGUUGAUGUGGAGAAAACAUUAAGGGUAGAAGAAGGGUUAUUGUUUGGAGAAGAGAGAACUGAGGAAAUUACAGAUAAUGAUGGAAGUGUUUUGUUUAGAGGUUUGGGGAACCAAUCGGGAGAGGCUAGUGGUGUGAAACUUAGCUGGCCCAUUAUUGCCAAAAUGAGGGCAGAUCAACACAGGUAUGGAUUAGAACAAGCAGGAAGAGAUGUAAGAGUGAAGAAAUCAUUUAGUGGCAGUGGGAUGGAAAGAAAAUUCGCCUGUUAUGUCGUAGUGGAAAGAUAUGUUUUGAAAAGAAUGGAUGGGAGCAUUGCCCUUACUUAUUCAUUCAGACAUUCAAACCAAAUUCAAGGGAAGUGGGAAGUAUGAGGGGCAAAACGUAAGUGUUAUAAUGUUGUCUAUUUUGUCAGAUAUAUGCUAUUUUUACACACCAAGGAACUAUGCCAUUUCAUUAAUCUUACAAAAGGCUUUUAUGGGAGGCUUCUUCCUUAAAAGGGAAGAGCAUAUCUAAAUCAUGACUGCCAGUCUUUUCAUUGAAGGUGUAUUGAAUUGGCUUCGUUUAUACAACUA